AGCAGCUGCUUUCUGAUGCAAUGCCACAUACACGUUGCGAGAAAUCGGGUAGGGUCAUUGGGUGGUUAAAGAUAGUGUAAUAAGAAAAGUAACAAUGGUGUCGAAACAAAAGGGUGAAAAUGAAAGAUUGAAAGUGGAAGAUACCCAAGACACGUCGAAGGAUCCUCCUGUGACCGCCGAGGAGUUGCAAUCGGCUUUAAGGAAUUUUAUUACAUUGGAUGCCGAGCAAAGGAAACCCCCUGUGAGCAAGCCCAAACCCUAUCUACCGGAGUCCAAAGCGAAUGGCAGAAGGAAUGUCUUGGUCACUUCGGCUUUACCGUAUGUGAACAAUGUUCCUCAUUUGGGUAAUAUCGUGGGGUGUGUUCUCUCUGCCGAUGUAUUUGCUCGCUUUUGUCGAUUGAGAAACUAUAACACCCUGUACAUUUGUGGAACGGAUGAGUACGGUACGUCCACGGAGACCAAGGCCCUUAAAGAAGGGUUGACCCCUCAGGAGAUUUGUGAUAAGUACCACAAGCUUCACGCCGAUAUCUACCGAUGGUUCAAUAUCGCCUUUGACCAUUUUGGUCGAACUACAACUCAACAACAGACAGAGGUGGCUCAGGACAUAUUUUGGAGCCUUCAUAAGGCUGGAAAUUUGUUGGAAGAUGCUAUUGAUCAGCUCUAUUGCGAGAAGUGUGAAAAGUUCCUGGCUGACCGAUUCGUGGAAGGAGUGUGUCCUAUGUGCGGCUUUGAUGAUGCCCGAGGGGAUCAAUGCGAUGCCUGUGGCAAGCUCAUCAACGCUCCUGAUCUCAUUAAGCCACGAUGUAAAAUCUGCUCGACUGCGCCUAAAAUUAAGCAGAGCCGACACAUUUUCCUCGAUCUGCCCAAGAUUGAGCCCGAAUUAGACAAAUGGUUGACGGAAGCCUCCAAAUCCUGGACCAAUAACGCUAGAGUGAUUGCAAGAUCUUGGUUGAAAGGAGGUCUUCAACCUAGAUGUAUCACUCGUGACUUGAAAUGGGGAACACCAGUCCCUAUGAAGGGAUAUGAGGACAAGGUGUUCUAUGUUUGGUAUGAUGCUCCCAUUGGAUACAUCAGUAUCACGGCCAAUUACACGAAAGAUUGGGAGAAGUGGUGGAAGAACCCGGACGAGGUCGAACAUUACGAGUUCAUGGCCAAAGACAACGUUCCGUUCCAUUCGGUGAUCUUCCCUGCUUGUCAAUUGGGCACCAAGCAGGACUGGACAAUUGUUAACCAUCUCAUGGCCACGGAAUAUUUGAACUAUGAGGAUGCCAAAUUCUCUAAGAGUCGAGGAAUUGGCGUCUUUGGCAACGAUGCCAUGGACACUGGGAUUCCAAGUGACAUCUGGAGGUUCUACCUCACCUAUAUUCGCCCCGAAAACCAGGACUCCGCAUUCCAGUGGGACGAUUUGAUGCUCAAGAAUAACUCCGAGCUGUUGGGCAACUUAGGGAACUUCGUGAACCGCGCUUUGAAGUUCUGUAAGGAAAACUUUGAGGGUAAGAUUGUCGAGAUGAAGCUGAACCUGGAUGACCAGAAAUUCCUGGUUUUGGUCACGCGACAUAUCAAACAAUAUGUGGAAGCCUUGGAAGGGGCCAAAGAGCGGGACGCCAUCGUUCAACUCUUGAGCAUUUCUCGUCUGGGAAAUCAACUCAUGCAGGCCAACAAACCCUGGAAAUUAGUCAAGAGCGAAUCAAGAGAAGAUCGAGCUCGAGCUGGAACCGUGGUUAGCUUGAGCGUGAACACGGCGUGUCUCCUGUCCAUUUUAAUCGAGCCAUUCAUACCAGAUAUUGCCGGCACCUUAAAAAAGCAAUUGAACUUCGCACCAGGCUCUGCCCCGGUUCUGGAUGUCCAUUUUUUAUGUCUCUUGAAACCCGGGCAUGUUAUUGGGGAUCCAGCUCCAAUGAUUCGCGAGAUCAAAGCCGACGAAAUCAAGGCACUGAAACAAAAAUAUCAGGGCGAUCAAGAGAGUCGCGAAAAAACCAAAGCGACGAAAUAUCCUGGAAAAUAGAGUCUGAGGCGUCAUGUCUUCCACGCUUUGCCGAAAUAAAAUGCUUGAAAAGUCCAA